CUAACCAGGUACGAGUGAAUUCGUUGUUUUUUUCGUGUUUUUUCGCGCGCCGCGGCCGAAAAAGCCGAGGCGUCGUGAAUUCCGCUUAUUUCUGCCUUUGCACGCGCCCCCAAGGACGCGAACGACCUUCGUAAUAACCAUUGUAAAUAGAGAGUGUAUAUAGAGUGAUAGGUGAGUGAGAGAUAGUGUGUGGAGCUAUAUUUGGCAAUGAGUUCAAGUAAUAAAACAUCAGUGUCCUCCAGUGGGAGAGGCACUAAUAAAAACAAAUUAUCACAGCAACAUGGAAAGUCAGACCAUCACCAAACUAAAUCAUCAGAUUCAACAAAACAUGAUAAAGUGCAGCCAAAUACUGUUCAGGUCCGGCAUGCACAGAUCAUUGACACUCGCAUGGGAGGGGUUGAAGAUCCAGUAUUUAAAGAACGGAUCAAAGAAGUUAUGGAUUUAACGUGUCGUUCCGAAGAUGAAGUCAUUAUGGCUUUGCACGAUAGCGAUGGAGAUUUGAAUCGUGCAGCCAUUGAUCUCUUGGAAGGUGUUAAAACAGAAUGGGAAGUCAAAAAAAAGAAGCCUCGUCAACCAAGUGGCUCAAAGCAAACUGCUGAUCAACCAGGUGGUCAAAAUGAUGGCGGUGAUUGGGAAGAAAGACGUAAUCAACGAAGUGGUGGACCACCACGAAUGCGAGGUCGUGCGAAUCAUGACAACCGUGAAUGGCGUGGUCGUGAAAAUAAAGAAAAUGAAAGAAACAUGGAAGAGAGUGCUCGAGAUGGCAGCUACAGUGGCAGUAGAAGAGGACGAGGAGGUCCUGGUAGAUCAGGACGUGGAGGUCGUGGAGGUGGAAGAGGUCUUGGACCACGAACAUUUGCGAAUCGUAAUGAUCCUGCUUCAACUUCUUCGACUCAUAGUUUCAGUCGACCAAUUGACACUUGGGCAGGUAGCGAAGAACAACAACAAAGCAUUCAAGAACCAAAAAUGGAAGCUUGGAACAAUUAUGAAUCAACAGAAGAUUGGGAUAAUGAGGAAUAUACAGGAUCAUUAGCAGAUACAAAAGUUUUUACACCAAGUACGUCUUUAACUGAACAAGCUCCUGUACAUGAUGAACCAAAGACUUCAGAUUUACAAACGAUACAGUCAAAUCAGACUGUUAACCUGGGACUAUUGCAACAAGAAGAAAUAUCAAAAUUAUCCGAAAUACCAACGAUACAACAACAAGCAUUAAUUCCACAACAAGCUCAACAGCAACAAACUGUCCUGAGCUUACCAACAAUGCAACUUUCACAACAACCAAAUGCUAUUAGUGGUGGUGUGUUAACUGCUGCACAAACUCAAUAUUUGACACAGCUAACUCAACAAACUAGUGAAAAUCUAAAAACAGCAGGACAGUCUUCAUUUCCAUCUUCAAUAACAAAUCAGCCCCAAAGACAAUCCAAACAACGUCCAAGAGUACCACCUCCGUCUAAAAUACCAUCUAGUGCGGUAGAAAUGCCGGGCGAUGCAGUCAACAGUGGCAUCGGAUUUCUCGAUGUUCAGUUUGGCGCACUUGAAUUUGGAAGUGAUUCAAGCUCGCUUGAUGGUUCAGCUAAUGAAAAAUAUAAUUCAAGUAAUAAUACCAUCUCUAAUGUUGACGUUCCAUCUACCACAAAUACUGUAAACACAGCUGGGACAAAUAGUUCCAUUGAUAUUGAAACUACACAAACUUCCACAACACCAUUUAAUGCCACUUCUCAAAUGUUAUCGAGCAGUGACAGUUUACCAGUAUCAAAUGAUCAUUCGAUAAAUUCUCAAACUUUUGCGGGACGUGGAACUACUGGUCAAACUUUGGAUAUAACCAAACAGGAUUUCACAUCGCAAGUUUCUCCAGGAAAUGCAGCUACGUAUGGCGCAGCAACGUAUCAAUCUCAAAAGACAUCAUUUCAACCAUCUAGUGCCACACAAAGCAGUUAUAACACAUAUUCUACAAAUACGCAAUCAGGACAGUCUUUCCAGACUGUUUCAGUCACAAACGCCAAUACGUAUUCUGCAACGGCAACAGUUUCACAAACAAGUUAUAAUUCUUCAUCAUCAUUCCCACAAUCGAAUUCUUCAAACUUUAGUCAAGCAUCUCCUUCUGCAUCGACAUCUGCAGCUUCUGUUUACAAUCAGCCAACUACCACCAAUCAGGUAUAUCAAUCAACGAGUGGUUAUGCAUCCACAACAACCUCUCAAUAUCAACCAUCUUCUGUAGCUACAAAUACUGUAUCAAAUAGUAAUGCUGGAUACCAAACAAGUGGUUACCAAGGAUCUUCUUCAUUUCAAUCUACUCCUCAAGCUUAUCAACCAUCUGCUACUACAUUUAGUUCACCUAUUACUCAGACAACUGGACCUUAUCAAAGUGCAGCACAAUCUGUUUAUGCGAGUGCGUAUGGAAAUUACACAAGUCAACCACAAACUGCAUCUCACAACCAUAAGCUGAAUAGUAGUACAACAAAAGAUUCUCAAUAUGAAAGUAGUACAACGACUUCUAACAAUUCUCUUGCUACGACGACGACAACUACAUUAGGACUUAGUUCAGCUUCUGUGAAUAGUUCUCAAACUAAAGUAACUAGUUCGAAUGCUGUACCAAAAAGUACAUCGAGCGGCGUUGUAACGGGUAGUAGUGGUACUGGCAAUAUAACAGGAGGAGGAGCAGCAGGCAGUAUGGCACCGAUGCUUAGUCACCAGUACAUUAUGGGUCAGGGAGUGCCAUAUACAUUUCAGCAACCAAUGUACAGCUACGAAGACUUACAACUUAUGCAACAAAGAAUACCACAUAUGCCAACUACUGGUUACUAUGACGCGGCUCUGGGCUAUCAGACGACUGGACCAGCAACCAGUCUUGGUGGGGCACGAGGUGAUGCGUUGUCUGGUGUACAAGGUGUUCAAGGAGUGCAAGGUGUCCAAGGAGCUUAUACCAGUAUUAGCGACGCUAGGUUUGCCAGAAAUGAUAGUAAUGCGUCACCGGUUCCUUCCACUAUGUCGCAACAGACUGCUACACAGCAUCAACAACCUAUGAUGAAUCCAACACUUCCUCCAGGUUACGCAUAUUUCACAUAUAGCGGAGGCAUAAUGCCAGGAGGUUUUCAAUAUGGAACUCCUGCUAUUUAUCCCCAGAUAGCAACUGCUGGAAACGCUGGUACAAAUAGCGGAGCGUACAGCGCUAAACCAGGAAGUUAUGGAUCUGGUUAUGGCGGUGGUGCAAGUUACGAUGCUUUAGCAUCCGCAGGGCCAUCCGGAGAGUAUAAAGCUGCUGGGAGUAAUUAUACUGGUACACAGGCGGGCAAAACUGGUACUUCUACAGGAAAUACCAAUACUGGUGGAUCAUCUGCGACUGAUAUUAGUGCAACGAUGUAUGCAAAGAGUCACGUAGCACUUAGCAAAGUAAAUUCAUAUGAAAAACAAGCUUUCCAUUCUGCGACUCCACCGCCAUUUGGUAUUACUGGUAGCCAAAAUGCAGGAUUGCCUGGAGGAUACGGCACGCCGCACUUAUUUAUACCAACGAUGCCUCAUCAAUUACAUCAACCACUUCAUCAGGAUGGUACCAAUAGCACAGGUCAAAGGUCCAAUACAAGUUCACAAAAUAAAGCUCAAGCUAAGCCUGGUUACAGUCCUAGCUAUUGGGCUGGAAGCAAUUAAAAUAUCUUUGAACGGGAUAAAGAAGAAAGGAGCAAUGUAACAACCGUUUUAGAAAAAUAAACAUUCGCCAUUGUGAGAUAUGGUGGUGUAAAACAUGGACGUUGAUAUAAAGGGUUUACACGAUACAUGAGAAUAAGGACAAAAGAUUUUUUUUUUUUUUUUCAUCAGGUUAUACAUUUUGGCUAUAAAUCAGUAUGGACUAAAGAGUGGGUCUUAAUCGUUGGAAGGAUUAAACAAUAUUUGUUGUUUCUCUUACGAGAAAAGAAUCUUAGCUGUUUUUUAAGAUUAUUCUAUCAAAGUCAACUUCCCUUAAAAGUGAUUCUCAUACUGAAUAUUAAUUUCAGUUCUUUAUUUCAAAAUCGUGACGUUCCAAAUAUUAACAAUGAUUAUUUUGUUAUAUUAUCUUGAUUUUGUGUUUCAUAUAAUGAAAUGUGUAAGAGGGAAGUUUUUGUUUCGUCUACUACUAGUACAUCUUAUGCUUGAAAAGCAUAUAUUGAUAUGUUAUAUGAUGUUUUUGAAGUUAAACAAUGUUUAUUAUAAAAGCAAAUGAAUUGUAUAAUUCUUCCUAACGGAAGUUGCACUCGUGCCAAAUAGACUGGUAGCGUGAGUGAUAAUUUCGAGAACUUGUCUGGUUACUUGUCUUUAUCACGAACGCAGGAUAAAAGCGCGAGCAGGCUUCGUGUGGUUUGUACCACUAGUAAACCUACUACUGAGUGUGUGAAUAGCGUAGCGCUUGUGUGAAAGAAAAAGAAAAACCAUAAAAGCUAACGGCUGCUGUAUCAGCUCCUGUAUAUGCUUCAGUACACUACAGUGCAAUUGCGAAUAUACCGCAUCGACUGCAAAAAGUGAUAGUUUUUUGUAAAAUGUAGGCAUUUUGGCUAACAUCUAACGUGCUCCUUUACACGAAGAAAAAAAAAGAAAAGAAAACAAGAAAAAAAGAAAAAAAACACAAAGCACCCUUUCAUGAAAUAAUGUAAAGA